AUGGCGGGUGACGAGGCUCCCAUAACCCAGUCUGCUGUCCUGACAAUAUGGCAAUUCCUGCGGUCACAUCCCUUUGUUAUUCUCUUUCUUCUCCUGUUUGUACGGCCACUGUAUAAACGGUAUUCAUCUCCGUUGAGACAGUUCCCUGGGCCGUUCACAGCCUCUUGCACUCGUCUUUGGAAAGUCUGGAGCACGUGGACCGGCAAAACAGAACAGCACCACAUUGCCUUGCACAAGAAAUAUGGGCCCAUUGUUCGAAUUGCGCCAAACGAGGUGUCACUCUCCUCUCCUGAGGCUGCCCUGGAACUAUUCAAGACUGGUAAAGGGUUUCACAAGACCGACUUUUACGGUGUCUUCCCUCCGCCAGAAAACCCUGACAUCUUCACUGAAACUCGCGAGUCCGUUCAUGGCAUGAAGAAGAGAUAUGCAGCAACCCCAUACAGUCUUGCUUCCAUGCAGCAAUCGACCGAUCGCAUCGAAGGAACGGAGAAACUUUUGAUUUCAAAACUGGACGAGUUUGAUGGUGGACAAAGGAUCUGCGAUCUCGGGGAUUGGUUACAUUUCUUUGCUUUUGACGUUUUGGGCGAGGUCGCAUUUUCCAAAAAGUUUGGCUUCCUUGAAGCUGGCGUUGAUGUUGAUAACGCUAUCAAGACGAUCGACAAUUCGCAAUGGUACAAUGGCAUUGUGGGACAGGUACCGAUCCUCGACCACUUUUUACGACGCAAUCCUCUAUGGAACUUCGUCCCUUUCCUUGCGACAAAAAAUGCUCUUGUUACCCGUACGGCGCUCGGUCAACUUGAGAAGCGUAACAACCCUCAAGGCGAGAAAGUUGAAUAUCGCGAUUUGUUGAACAGUUUGAUCGAGGCUCAAAAGCUGCACCCUGAAGCACUUGGGCACGGAGAUGUCUUCGCCAUUGCUCACGGCGCCAUUUUCGCUGGGAGCGACAGCACGGCCAGUACGAUGCAGAGCUUUUUCUGGCAUGUCCUUUCGAAUAAGCUGGUCUACGACAAGUUGGUCGCGGAGAUCCUAGCGGCGGAUCUGUCUGAAAUGGUUCAAUACGAGGAAACGCAAAAUUUGCCAUACUUCCAGGCAUGUUUAAAGGAGGCAAUGCGAAUCAGCCCUGCGGUGGGGCUGAAUAUCACGAGGAAGGUACCGAUCAAUGGCGCCGAAAUUGAUGGAGUCAAACUCCCUGGCGGAGCUGUAGUGGCUGUAAAUGGCUGGGUGCUGCAUCGACACAAGGGUAUCUUUGGUGAAGAUGCAGAUGUGUACAGGCCUGAGAGAUGGUUGGAAGGCGACAAGGAUAAGAUCAAGUUGAUGGAAAGAUGCAUGUUCCAGUUUGGUGGUGGUUCUCAUCUCUGCAUCGGACGACAUCUCGCGCUUCUAGAGAUGAACAAAGUCCUCCCGCAGCUCAUUCGCCGUUUUGAUAUCCAGCUCGUCAAUCCGGGCAAGCCUCUUGAACAUCACUCCAGCUUUUUCGUCGUACAGUGGGGUUUGUUAACUUACCUCAACCUCAGGCACACUGCCUAA